ACCCCCUCAAGCUACAGUUAAACUAUUUACAACACGACUAUCAGUUACAAAAUAAACGGGUAAUGACGGUAUGUAAAACAUUUUAAACUAGAUUUCUAUAUGGACUGGGAUUCGAAAAUUUGGCCUGGAGUACUGCGACUUGCCAACGAUGCUGUGGAACGUGGCGUUUCUUCUACGACCACUGACCUUGAACAUCGACAGUCGGCAUAAGAAACCCAUCCCGUUGUUGUUCUACGUCCUAACGGUGGUGAUCACGUCGUCAUAUUUCUACGUGUAUCUGAUAUCCAUGUCGUGGUUCGUGUUCGUGCGUUCCUUGGAGACGAAGGAGUUGAUCCCUGCCAUGGUGGUACUGUCCCUUGGCAUCUCCAGCGAGAUUGGGACUCUUAAAUUCUUCUACACGUUCGUUUACAUCGACAAAGUUCGUAAAAUAGUUGAUGAAUAUCUGGAAUGCGACGCUCUGGUUGUCCCGUUCAGUCGGUUCUCCAAGAAUCUGCUAACAACACUAAGGUUCGUGAAGAAGCGCGCCAUCAUCUACUGGCUGGUGAUCAUCGGCAACGGCUUCGCUUAUUGGAGCAAGCCGCUGUUCAUGAAGGGUCGUCAUCACUUGGAAGACAACUUAGUGAUUUAUGGUUUAGAACCAAUGCUGGAAUCCCCAAAAUACGAGAUAGCGUAUUUCUUAAUGACAGCCGGGGUCUGCUUCAUAUGCUAUCCGCCAGCAAACGUGACGAUACUCCUCAUCGUCGUGGUCGGUUACACUGAAGCACAGAUGUUAGCUCUCAGCGAAGAAAUCCUUAACAUCUGGGACGAUGCUAACGAAUAUUAUAACAACCUACCAUCGACAAACCAAAACACUAACGAAUUAAAAUCCAAAAUCAUUAAUAAGUAUAUUAAAGAUCGUCUCAAAGAUAUUACGAAGAGUCACGCCAGAAAUAUCAAUUUACUUCGCCAAGUGGAGUUUGUGUUCAGAGGCGCUAUUGCUAUCGGAUACGUGUUUCUUAUCCUGGGACUGAUUGCUGAACUCCUUGGGGGAUUAGAGAAUACAUUUCUGCAAAUUCCAUUCGCAUUUAUUCAGGUGGCAAUAGAUUGCUUUACUGGUCAAAGAGUGAUGGAUGCAAAUAUAGUCUUUGAGAGAGCUGUUUACGACUGCAAAUGGGAGAAUUUUGAUAAAACCAAUAUGAAGACUGUGCUGCUACUUCUGCAGAACUCACAGAAGACGUUGACUUUAUCGGCUGGCGGAGUUACGAUGCUUAACUUCAGAUGUUUAAUGUCUGUCAUCAAAUCAAUAUACUCUGCAUACACCACUCUUAGAACAACAAUGAAUUAAAUUUGCAAAAUAUAUGUAGAAUCUUUUUGAAUCCUUAAACAGAUAUUUGAAAUAGAAUUCGAGAACUACAAAUAAAAUUGUAAAUUAG